AUGGCGGCGGCCGCGGAUUUGAAGCUUCUAGAAAAGUCCCUAGGGCUGAAAAAGGGGAAGAAGUAUAGCGCGCAGGGCGAGCGACAGAUUCCAGUUCUUCAGACAAACAAUGGCCCAACUCUAAUAGGAUUGACAACAAUAGCAACUCAUCCAGUCAAGCAAGCCAACAAGGAACAUUUGCUGGGAAGCACUGCAGAAGAAAAGGCAGUAGUCCAGCAGUGGUUGGAAUACAGAGUCGCUCAAGUAGACAGACACUCCAGUAAAGAAAAUAUCCACACUCUGUUGAAGGAUCUUAAUUCAUAUCGAGAUAAAGUCUACCUUACGGGAUAUAACUUUACCUUAGCAGAUAUCCUAUUAUACUACGGACUUCAUCACUUUAUAGUUGGCCUGACAGUCCAAGAAAAGGAGAAGUAUCUUAAUGUGUCUCGCUGGUUUUAUCACAUUCAGCACUAUCCAGGCAUCCAACAACAUCUAUCGAGUGUUGUCUUCAUCAAGAACAGACUGUAUUCUAACUCCCACUAG